AUGGUGUUAUUAGUAACCCUGGGCAUAAUUGCCAUGGCAGUAUGCCAGGCUGCUGCUAAGACACAUACACUCUUCUACGAGACAAAGUGGAUCACAGCCAAUCCAGACGGCGUGAAGGAGCGCCAAGUCAUCUCGUUCAACGGAAGUUGGCCCUUGCCCACCAUCGAGGUCAACAAGGGCGACUCCGUGCAACUGCAUCUGAUCAAUGGGCUCGACGUUUCGACAUCUUUACAUUUCCAUGGCCUGCUUCAGAAUGGCUCUAACCAUAUGGACGGGCCCGUUGCCGUCACUCAAUGUCCGAUACCUCCUGGCGAGUCUUUUGUCUACGAGUUCAAGGUGGACCAGGUGGGAACAUAUUGGUAUCAUAGCCACAGCGGGUCUCAGUACAGCGAUGGACUACGUGGGUUGUUUAUAGUUCAUGAUGAGGAAGUGGAGUCCAACUACGAGUUCGACAAGGAGCUCGUUUUGUCUCUGAGUGAUUGGUAUCAUGAUUCAAGUGAGGUCUUGGUUCGGAAGCAGCUCUCUUUAUACAAUCCCACAGGAGCUGAGCCGAUCCCUCAAAAUGCCCUCAUAAAUGACACCAAAAACAUCACCUUGGAGGUAGAGCCCGACACGACGUAUCUGAUCAGAAUUGCCAAUAUUGGAAUCAUGUCGUCGCAGUAUCUGUUUUUCGAAGAUCACGAUGUCGAUAUCAUUGAGGUAGACGGCGUGUAUCUUCAUCCUGCAAGGGCCUCCAUGAUAUACUUGGCAGUGGGCCAGAGAAUGAGUGUUUUACUAAAGACCAAGUCUUCUGCCUCCAGAAACUUUGGCAUCGUCCAUGCGCUGGACAUAUCCAUGCUGGAUGCCUUGCCAGCCGAUCUACAGUAUGUUUCUGUUAACCAGCUUGUUUACGACAAGAGCUUGCCCGAGGCGACGCUAAAGAAAGAGUGGCUGGAUGUCGAAUCGUAUGCUCCAUUCGACGACUUCGAGCUUCGUCCUCUGGACGGCAAGCCCCUGCUUCCAGACCCAGACCACCGUAUAGAGGUUGUUUUGCAUAUGGAGAAUCUGGGAGACGGUGUCAACUAUGCAUUCUUCAACAACUACACCUACGUUGCUCCUAAGGUGCCGACUCUGCUCACGGCGCUAACUGCUCCUAAGGAGUACGUUUCCAACUCCAAAAUAUACGGAUCCAACACCAACUCAUUUGUGCUCAGCUACGGCGACGUUGUGGAACUUGUGGUGAAUAACGAGGACGACAACAAGCAUCCGUUCCACCUCCACGGCCACCAGUUUCAGACCAUAGUUAGAUCCGACCAAUACGACGAUCCUCACCACUACGACCCAGACGCAGAGACAAAUCUACCGGAGAUCCCCGUUCGCAGGGACACUAUGGUUGUGGAAGGCAACGGACACAUGGUGCUGCGGUUUGAGGCGAAAAACCCAGGUGUCUGGUUCUUCCACUGCCAUCUCGACUUCCAUCUUGAGCAGGGUCUUGCCAUGACGCUCAUUGAAGCUCCUUUGGAGCUCCAGGAGCAGUUUGCGUCCAAAGAGCUGCCUGAAUACUUUCUACGUGUUUGCAAAGCUUCCGAGACUCCUUAUAGAGGCAAUGCUGCUGCCAACGCCAAGCACUGGCUGGACCUGACGGGAGAAAACGUGCAACCACCGCCAUUGCCGGACGGGUUCACGUUCAAGGGCUACGUGGCGCUGGCCGCAUGCACGAUCGUCGCACUCUACGGCCUGAAGUGUAUUUAUUCCUACGGUAUGGGAGACCUGAACAGGUCCGAGAACGUGGUAGAGGAGGAGCGCGGAAGGAUCCGGAGACUGAUGCUGAAGCUGAACGAGGAGCAGCGGAAGAUGCUCAGCUCGUCGUCCGCGACCGUGAAGAAGAGAGAGGAGAUACGGCUAAUGAUCGAGGAGCUCGAGAAACUGCUGCGCGAGCUGGAGUAA